AUGGCCACUCCCUCCCAGGUCUCGCCUCGGAUACAGGAAGUCCGGGACCUGGCGAAGCAGGACCCUUCGAAAGCCGUCAGCAGCUACCAGAACAUCCUCUCUGAGGGCCCGGGAUCCACAGAGGCUUCGUCGCGAGACUAUGAGCAUGCAUUGAUUGGAUUGGGCGAGCUGCACCGUGAUGCCAAGAAGCCGCAGGACAUUGCAGAGCUCAUCAAGACAAGCCGAGACACCUUUUCGUCAUUUGCGAAGGCAAAGACCGCCAAGUUGGUCCGUCAACUCUUGGAUCUAAUCAGCGAAAUUCCCAAUACUCUCGACCUCCAAAUCGCCGUCAUCCAGUCAUGCAUAGAGUGGGCUAUUGCCGAGCGACGGUCCUUCCUCCGACAAAACCUCCAAGCUAGAUUGGUCGCUAUUUACAUGCAGAAGCAGACCUACUACGAUGCCCUUACUCUUAUCAACUCCCUCCUCCGCGAGCUGAAGCGUCUGGAUGACAAACUCAUGCUAGUGGAGGUGCAGCUGCUCGAGUCUCGUGUGUACCAUGCUUUGGGCAACCAGGCCAAGGCACGAGCUGCUCUGACCGCAGCUCGAACAUCAGCCGCCUCUGUCUACACACCUCCCAACCUGCAGGCCGGACUCGAUAUGCAGAGUGGUAUGCUCCACGCAGAGGACAAGGACUUCAACACAUCUUUCUCGUAUUUCAUUGAGGCAUUGGAGGGUUAUAGCUCUCUUGAUGAAGGAGAGCUCGCUACCGCAACUUUGCAAUACAUGCUGCUGUGCAAGAUUAUGCUGAACUUGGUUGAUGAUGUCACACAAUUGUUGGGCUCCAAGCAAGCCCAAAAGUAUGCCAGCCCACGCCUGGAGGCCAUGAAGGCUGUAGCCCGGGCUCAUUCAAACCGCUCCCUGGAGGAAUAUGAAAAGGCUUUGUCUGACUACCGAUAUGAGCUUGGCAGUGACACCUUUAUCCGGAAUCACCUGCGCCGCUUGUACGAUGCCAUGUUGGAACAGAACUUAAUCAAGGUGAUCGAGCCCUUCAGCCGGGUGGAAUUGGACCACAUCGCCAAGAUGGUUGGUCUUGAUACCCAGCAAGUGGAGCGUAAGCUGUCGCAGAUGAUUCUGGACAAGGUGAUCAUUGGUGUUUUGGACCAAGGCUCAGGAUGCUUGAUUGUUUACGAAGAGACUCAACGUGAUCAAGCUUAUGAUGCUGCACUAGACACUAUCGAGAAGUUGAGCAAUGUGGUGGAGGGUCUGUAUACUAACCAGGCAUCGCUCCUGGAGUAG